GGCGGGCCGGGGGCGGGGCGUCGGCCGGUCCGCGCGCCAGCCCAGCCGUGCGUGCUCACGUGACGGGGCCGCGAAGCCCAGCUCGCGCAGUCGUCAAGGCGAGCGAAGAUGGCGGCCGAGAGGGAGCCUCCGCCGCUGGGGGACGGGAAGCCCACCGACUUUGAGGAGCUGGAGGACGGAGAGGAUCUGUUCACCAGCACUGUCUCCACCCUGGAGUCAAGUCCAUCAUCUCCAGAACCAGCUAGUCUUCCUGCAGAAGAUAUUAGUGCAAACUCCAAUGGCCCAAAACCUGCAGAAGUAGUGCUAGAUGAUGACAGAGAAGAUCUUUUUGCAGAAGCUACAGAGGAAGUUUCUUUGGACAGCCCAGAAAGGGAACCUAUCCUAUCCUCGGAACCUUCUCCUGCAAUCACACCUGUCACCCCUACGGCACUCAUUGCUCCUAGAAUUGAAUCGAAGAGUAUGUCUGCUCCUGUAAUCUUUGAUAGAUCCAGGGAAGAGAUUGAAGAAGAAGCAAAUGGAGAUAUUUUUGAUAUAGAAAUUGGUGUAUCUGAUCCAGAGAAAGUUGGUGAUGGCAUGAAUGCUUACAUGGCAUAUAGAGUAACAACAAAGACUUCUCUUUCCAUGUUCAGUAAGAGUGAAUUUUCAGUGAAAAGAAGAUUCAGUGACUUUCUUGGUUUGCACAGCAAGUUAGCGAGCAAGUAUUUACAUGUUGGUUAUAUUGUGCCACCAGCUCCAGAAAAGAGUAUAGUAGGCAUGACCAAGGUCAAAGUGGGUAAAGAAGAUUCAUCAUCCACUGAGUUUGUUGAAAAACGGAGAGCAGCUCUUGAAAGGUAUCUUCAAAGAACAGUAAAACAUCCAAUUUUACUGCAGGAUCCUGAUUUAAGGCAGUUCUUGGAAAGCUCAGAGCUGCCUAGAGCAGUUAAUACACAGGCUCUGAGUGGAGCAGGAAUAUUGAGGAUGGUGAACAAGGCUGCCGACGCUGUCAACAAAAUGACAAUCAAGAUGAAUGAAUCGGAUGCAUGGUUUGAAGAAAAGCAGCAGCAAUUUGAGAAUCUGGAUCAGCAACUUAGGAAACUUCAUGCCAGUGUUGAAGCCUUGGUCUGUCAUAGAAAAGAACUUUCAGCCAAUACAGCUGCCUUUGCUAAAAGUGCUGCCAUGUUAGGUAAUUCUGAGGAUCAUACUGCUUUAUCUAGAGCUUUGUCUCAGCUUGCAGAAGUUGAGGAGAAGAUAGACCAGUUACAUCAAGAGCAAGCUUUUGCUGACUUUUAUAUGUUUUCAGAACUACUUAGUGACUACAUUCGUCUUAUUGCUGCAGUGAAAGGUGUGUUUGACCAUCGAAUGAAGUGCUGGCAGAAGUGGGAAGAUGCUCAAAUUACUUUGCUCAAAAAACGUGAAACUGAGGCAAAAAUGACGGUUGCUAACAAACCAGAUAAAAUACAGCAAGCUAAAAAUGAAAUAAGAGAGGAAAUUGAAGAGUGGGAGGCAAAAGUGCAACAAGGAGAAAGAGAUUUUGAACAGAUCUCUAAAACAAUUCGAAAAGAAGUGGGAAGAUUUGAGAAAGAAAGAGUGAAGGAUUUUAAAACUGUUAUCAUCAAGUACUUAGAAUCAUUAGUACAAACACAACAACAGCUGAUAAAAUACUGGGAAGCAUUCCUACCUGAAGCCAAAGCCAUUGCCUAGCAAUAAGAUUAUUCCUCUUAAGAAGACCUUGGAUGUUUGUUCCAGUUAUGCUGAAUUCUACAGUGAAAUCAUUUAAAACCAUCUAAAUAAACCACUAUAUAUUUUAUGAAUUACAUGUGGUUUUAUAUAUACAUAGACACACACAUGCACACACACACUCACUUACACACUCUGACAUUUUAUUACAAGCUGCAUGUCCUGACCCUCUUUGAAUUAAGUGGACUGUGGCAUGACAUUCUGCAAUACUUUGCUGAAUUGAACACUAUUGUGUCUUAAAUACUUGCACUAAAAAGUGCACUGCAAGGCCAGAAAAUUUGACAAUAUUUUUUUCUUUACAAUAUGUUCUGUAGUAUGUUUACCCUCUUUAUGAAGUGAAUUAUCAAUGCAUUGAUUAAUGUUUACUUAUACAUUCCUGUACAGAAAUUAUGAUUUUGUGAUUACAGUAAUAAAAUGAUAUUCCUUGUGAA